GGCACGGGAGCGGAGGCCGUUGCCCGGGCUCGUCCUGCCCCAGGCCCGCGGCGGGCUUCGGCCGGGCAGCGGGAGCGCUGGAGGCUCCCUGCGCGCUCCCAGAGCUGGCUUCCCGCGGCAGUGCCCGGGUAGUCCCAUGGACGGGGGCCAGCGGAACGCUGUAGUCUUCAAUGCGUCCAAAGGGGAGGCCAGUAGCUACAAAUCCCUGCGGAAAAGGCUUCGCGGUAACUGGAAGAUACAGAGCUUAAAAGAUGAGAUCACGUCUGAGAAACUGUUUGGGGUAAAACUGUGGAUUACUGCAGGGCCUAGGGAAAAGUUCAGUGCUGCUGAGUUUUUGGUUCUGAAGAAAUUCCUGGAGGAUGGUGGAGCCAUCCUGGUGAUGUUAAGAGAAGGUGGAGAGUCCCGAAAUGGCACAAAUAUUAACUUUUUCUUAGAGGAAUAUGGGAUCGUUUUCAAUAAUGAUGCUGUAGUACGAAAUGUGUAUUACAAGUACCACCACCCAAAAGAAGCACUAAUCUCUGAUGGAGUUUUGAAUAGGGGAAUCAGUGAAGCUGUAAGAAAAUCCAUGCUUGAGACAACAGAUGAAGAUGGAAGUGGACGUGACUCACAAUCUCUCACUUUCCUCUAUCCAUUUGGUGCCACGCUGAAUGUGAUGAAACCAGCAGUGGCUAUUCUGUCAACAGGAUCUGUCUGCUUCCCACUCAACAGGCCUAUUCUUGCUUUCUAUCAGCAUGAGAGUCAAGGUGGAAAAUUGGCAGCGCUGGGAUCUUCCCACAUGUUCAGUGAUCAAUAUUUAGAUAAAGAAGAAAACAGUAAGAUCAUGGAUGUGCUUUUCCAAUGGCUCACAACAUCAGAUAUCUAUUUAAACCAGAUAGAUAUGGAGGACCCUGAGAUUUCAGACUAUACCAUGCUCCCAGAUAUAGCUGCGCUGUCUGAGCAACUGCGAGUCUGUCUGCAAGAAGGCGACGAGAACCCAAGAGACUUCACAAAGCUGUUUGAUACAUCCCUUUUCCAGCUGGAUACAAGUGCUCUCCCUUCAGUUAUCAAAGCUUAUGAGCAGCUGAAUGUGAAACACGAACCCCUGCAACUCAUUCAACCUCAAUUUGAGACUCCAAUACCUGUCCUUCAGCCAGCUGUUUUUCCACCUGCUUUCAGAGAAUUGCCUCCCCCUCCUCUGGAGCUGUUUGACUUGGAUGAAACUUUUUCCUCUGAGAAAGCUCGUCUUGCGGAGAUCACAAACAAAUGUACUGAUGAUGACCUGGAGUUUUAUGUACGAAAAUGUGGUGAAAUCCUAGGAGUAACAAGUAAACUCCCAAAGGAGAAGCAAGAUGCCAAACAUAUCCUGGAGUACAUCUUCUUCCAAGUGGUUGAGUUUAAGAAGCUGAAUCAGGAACGUGACACUGACACAAGUGAAGCUGGAUUCCAGAAUGGUAACUGAGGCCUGGCUUUCCCCAGUUUGAGACAGACCUUUUAGCAAAAACACACUUUUAACAUUUUUUGCCAACCUCUAUGAUUGAUUGGGACCACCUCAGUAGUUCACUGAAUGUUUGGACUGUUUCUAUGCAGUAGUUUGGAUAAUUAAUGCCUUUCAAGGAAGUGCUUCUGUUUUGCAAACACUUCCCAAAUAGUUUCCUCUUUUUCUACUUUAUUGAAACUGUAAUUUUGUAAUAUAUAUAAAAAAAUCUAUACUAAU